UCUCCCUGCUCCUCCCCCUGCCUGGAGAGGUACGAAAAGCUGCUUGCAAGCAAAUUCUUGGCCUAGCCCAGGGCAGAAAUGGCUGCAUGUGGCCGAGGGCUCCAUAGGGCCGUGGGUGCCUCUCCCUGCCCCGCUUGGAGACAAGCUCACUCUGACACCAGGGGACGUCUGAAGCCGGAGUACGAUGCAGUGGUAAUAGGAGCAGGACACAACGGGCUGGUGGCUGCAGCAUACCUGCAGAGACUGGGGGUGAACACGGCAGUCUUCGAGAGACGCCACGUGAUCGGGGGUGCAGCUGUCACAGAGGAAAUAAUCCCAGGGUUUAAGUUCUCCCGAGCAGCCUACCUCCUCAGCCUGCUACGACCGCAGAUUUACACUGAACUGGAGCUGAAGAAACACGGGCUGAGGCUUCAUCUUCGAAACCCCCACUCAUUCACACCUAUGCUGGAAGAGGGCACAGCGGGCAAGGUGCCCAGGUCCCUUCUGCUGGGCACAGACAUGGCAGAAAACCAGAAGCAGAUCACCCAGUUCUCACGGAAGGAUGCCCAGGCCUUUCCCAAAUAUGAGGCCUUCGUGAAUCGCUUGGCGUUAGCCAUUGACCCUCUGCUGGACGCAGCCCCGGUGGACAUGGAGGCCUUCCAGCGGGGCUCCCUGCUGCAGAGGCUCAAGUCGCUCUCCACCCUCAAGCCCCUGUUGCAGGCGGGUCGUAUCCUGGGAGCCCAGCUGCCCCAGUAUUACCAGGUCCUCACAGCUCCAGCUGCCAAGGUGCUGGAUCAGUGGUUUGAGUCUGAGCCUCUAAAAGCUACUCUAGCAACGGAUGCUGUGAUUGGAGCCAUGACAAGUCCCUACAUUCCAGGGAGUGGGUAUGUGUUACUCCAUCACGUGAUGGGGGGUCUGGAGGGGAUGCGGGGGGCCUGGGGCUACGUCCAGGGUGGCAUGGGUGCCCUCUCCGACGCCAUCGCAAGCUCAGCCACCGCACACGGAGCAAGUAUCUUCACUGAAAAGACAGUGGCUAAGGUGCAGGUGAGCAGUGGUGGGCGCGUUCAAGGAGUCGUGCUGCAAGACGGCUCGGAGGUAAGGAGCAAAGUGGUGCUGUCCAGCGCGUCGCCGCAGAUCACCUUCCUGAAGCUGACGCCACAGGAGUGGCUUCCUGAGGAGUUCGUGGAGAGAAUCUCCCAGCUGGACACCCAGUCGCCUGUUACCAAGAUCAAUGUGGCUGUCGACAGGCUGCCUGACUUCCUGGCAGCCCCCAAUGCUCCCAGGGGCCAGCCGCUGCCCCAUCACCAGUGCUCCAUCCACCUCAACUGUGAGGACACCCUCCUUCUCCAUCGGGCUUUUGAAGACGCCAUGGAUGGCCUGCCUUCCCACAGACCUAUGAUCGAGCUCUGCAUCCCUUCCUCGCUGGACCCCACGCUGGCUCCCCCCGGCUGCCACGUCAUCUCCCUCUUCACUCAGUACACGCCCUACACACUGGCUGCAGGCAAGGCCUGGGACGAGCAGGAGAGAAACGCUUAUGCAGACAGAGUGUGUGAUUGCAUUGAGGCCUACGCCCCUGGCUUCAAGGGCUCCGUGGUGGGCAGAGACAUCCUCACACCCCCUGACUUGGAGAGAGUCUUUGGGCUUCCUGGGGGGAAUAUAUUCCACUGCACCAUGGCCCUGGACCAGCUGUACUUCGCCCGCCCUGUGCCCCUGCACUCCAGCUACCGCUGCCCUCUCCGGGGCCUGUAUCUCUGCGGAAGUGGGGCCCAUCCUGGAGGAGGUGUCAUGGGAGCCGCUGGACGCAAUGCAGCUCACGUGGUCUUUAGGGACCUCAGGAGCAUGUGACCCCAAACCAACUCUGACCCAGGAAGAUGAAUUCACCCUUGAGAUGUUACGUCUCCAUUGGGUCAGCUUCCCAGGAUACGGCUUGAGGCAGGCAAGUCCUCAAGUCUCAAACCACUAUUCUAGAAAAAACGUACAAGUUACAUUGGGUCCUAGUUAACCUCGCAUCUAUGGCUUCUUGAAUGAACUGGUUUUGUUUUAUAU